AUGGAGGAGAGAACAUUGCUCGCAUUGAUGGUCUUUUCUUCACUCGUAGUAUUAGAAGAAACUAUUGCUCAAAAGCAUGCUAUUGAAAUCUACAGCCUCCACGUGGACUGUAAGGUCACAUCACGAUUUGCUCACACCCUCAUCACCAGCAAAAUUGUCAACCGAGCUAAUGAGACCAGAGAGGCCACCUUUGAAGUGGAGUUACCCAAGACAGCCUUCAUCACCAACUUCUCCAUGUCCAUCGAUGGUAAAGUAUACCCAGGAAUAAUAAAGGAAAAAGCUUCUGCUCAAAAGGAAUAUGACACCGCAGUCUCACACGGGCAGAGCGCUGGCCUUGUCAAAAUCACAGACAGAAAGCUGGAGCAGUUUCACGUGUCCGUCAGCAUCGCAGCUGCCAGCAAAGUCACUUUUGAGCUGACAUAUGAGGAGCUGUUGAAGCGGCAGCUGGGGAAGUUCGAGCUGCUCAUCAAGGUCCGACCAAAGCAGCUUGUUAAGCACUUCCAGAUUGAUGUGCACAUCUUCGAGCCACAGGGCAUACGAUUCUUGGAGACAGACAGCACGUUCAUGACAAAUGAGUUAACUAAGGCGCUCACCAAAGUGCAGAACGAAACCAAGGCUCGUAUUUUAUUUAAGCCAACUGUAGAUCAACAGAAGAUAAAUCCUGAAUUUGAUGAAACCCUCCUCAAUGGUGAUUUUGUUGUGCGUUACGAUGUUAAGAGAGAUGCCACUGCAGGUGAUAUACAGAUUGUCAAUGGGUAUUUUGUGCAUUAUUUUGCACCCCAAGAAAUGCCGGUGUUUCCCAAAAAUGUCAUCUUUGUUAUAGAUCGAAGUGGUUCUAUGGCAGGCAGAAAAAUUGAACAGACUAGGGAUGCUCUGCUGAAGAUUUUACAAGACCUCCGCCCAGAAGAUCAUUUCAGCUUUAUCACCUUUAACAGCAAAGUGGUGGAGUGGAAGAGCUCUUUGCUGCCAGCCACUGCAGAGAAUGUGGCGAGUGCUGCAGGAUUUGUGCGAACUCUUUCUGCUAGUGGAGGCACAGAUAUCAAUCAUGCCCUGCUGACUGCUGUGAGUGGGCUGGAGAAAGCUGAGGGGCUGCCGGAACGGAGUGUCUCCAUGAUAAUUUUGCUGACAGAUGGCCAGCCCACUUCUGGUGAGAGUAAUGUAGAAGUUAUUCAAGAAAACAUUCAGAAAGCAGUCAAUGGGAAAUAUGCUCUCUUCUGCCUUGGCUUCGGGUUUGAUGUCAGUUAUAAGUUCCUGGAGAAAAUGGCCCUAAGCAAUGGGGGAAUAGCGCGUCGUAUAUAUGAAAAUGCUGAUGCAGCCUUGCAGCUCCAGGGGUUUUAUCAAGAGGUGGCUACCCCAAUAUUAAAGAAAAUUGAAAUGCAGUAUCCAGAAAAUGCCAUUGAGGGAUUAACAAAGAAUGAUUUCAAGCUGUUUUUUGAAGGAUCUGAAAUUGUUGUAUCUGGGAAAAUCAGCAAUGAGCUUGAUCUUUUGCCAGUAGAAAUUAAAGCUCAGUCACAUUCUAGUAACUUGACUCUUAAAGAAGAAGCAAAUGUCAAAGAGAAGGAGCAAGUAUUUCAACAUCAAAGUUACAUCUUUGGAAAUUUCAUAGAGAGACUGUGGGCUUACUUAACCAUUCAGCAGCUGCUGGAAAAAUCUAUUUCAGCACAAGAAGAGGACCAGAAAACCCUGGAGGCUCAAGCUUUAGAGCUGUCUCUGCGAUACAGCUUUGUUACACCCCUCACUUCCAUGGUGGUCACCAAACCAGCUGACCAAGGGCAGACAGACCUGGCAAACAAACCCACUGAAGCUGAUAAUGAGAAGCGCAACAGUGUUCCAGUAGGAGAUGCUUACAAGCUGAAGAGUGCAUCACUUCCUGGUCGAUGGCGCUCUGAGCCCCCAUCUGGCAGCAACAAGAAGCUGUUGUCAGUAGGUAGUUAUUCACAGUUGCGUGCAAGAGGAGCUGGGGUGGUCAACGUACAUUCACCGCUUCUCUUCCAAUUACCCAAGCAAAAUGAAAUAGCCUGUUUAAAUACUGACGGAAAAGCCCAGCCCUCUGUCCACCUGCUGUCAGAUCCGGAGCAAGGACUCACUCUGACGGGGAAACUUGGAGACAGAACAAAUCACUUUGUGCAGUUUGAAAUCAACUAUGUGAAUCCCCCCGCCCAAAUCCACGUCUCUACGAAUGCAAUUGUCCUGCACCACAAUAAUGAGAGCACUUGGCUGCCAUGGACAGAGUCAGCCACCUCCACUAUCCAGGGGCUGAGCAUCUCAGUUGAAAAGGAAAGGAGCGUUACAGCAUCACUGUCUGAUACAGUCACGGUAAAAAUUUCCCUUAUAAAGUUUCCAGAGGAUUUCCUUGGGCUGCAUUUCUUGAACACUGACCGUUUUUCUGACAAAGUCAGUGGAGCUCUGGGUAAAUUUUAUUCAAAAGCACAAUCUGAGAAUAAUUCCAACAUGAAUCAGAGAGCUGAUGAAAGACUCUUCAGUGGACUUCAGCAAGGUUUUAGACACCGUCUCCCUUGGCAUCCCCCUGGACAAGCUCAGGAAGUGCCAGCUGGACAAACGGAUUGUGAGGCAGUACAAGAACGAUUAGAGCCUUGAGUCAGCCAGUGGACCUGUUUCCUGCUGGUCAAUAGAUCUAACUCCCUAGAGAAGAGUAUUCUGGGAAAGAAAACUAUGCAAAUAAUGCUCUUCCAAAUACUUUUUCUCAUGAAGAAAACCACACAGUUAAAGCCUUACCU